UCAUGUCUGCUUAGCUCAGCUCAACAACAACACACACACACACACCUUCUCUAUUCUCUUUCGUCUCAUCACUCUUCCCUUAUGAGACUAUCAUUCUUCCCAACCAGUCUUCUCCAUUAUUCCCACAGAUUAUUCCUCUCUCUCCUCCUCUUUCCCCCCACCACCAACACCACCAAUCUGGUCUCCACCUCCUCUUCAGCCCCCCGGUGGUCCCAAAUGAUCACCACCACCCGCCGCCACCAACAGCACCAGAAGAAGAAGAAACAGAAGAUUGUAGUGAUUAUGGGACCAACUGGGUCGGGCAAAUCGAAGCUUUCCGUGGACCUCGCCACCCGAUUCUUCCCCUCCGAAAUAAUAAACUCCGACAAAAUACAAGUCUACCGCGGUCUCGACAUCACUACCAACAAGAUCCCAAUGCACGACCGCCGAGGCGUCCCCCACCACCUCCUCGGCGACUUCCCUCCCCACUCCGACCUCACCCCCUCCGCCUUCCGCUCUGCCGCCGCCUCCGCCAUCUCCGCCGUUUCCUCCCGCCGCAACCUCCCCCUCAUCGUCGGCGGCUCCAACUCCUUCAUCUACGCUCUCGCCGCAGACCGCUUCAACCCCGCUUCAGACGUCUUCCAUGACACACACCCAGACCCGGUUUGUCCAGACCUCCGCUACGACUGUUGCUUUCUCUGGGUCGAUGUCUCGAUGCCCGUUUUGAACCAGUACUUAUCCAAACGAGUUGACGACAUGCUCGACUCGGGCAUGUUCGAGGAGUUACAAGAGUAUUUCGACUCGGAUCAGCACCGUCGUGAGUCUAACUCGGCGAUUCGGACUGGGUUGAGGAAGGCGAUAGGGGUGCCCGAGUUCGAACCUUACUUCAAGAAGUUCCAUCCGGGCACGAAUCCAAAGGAGGAUCCAGUAAGGAUGGCUGUAUACGAGGAGGCGGUGAGGGCGAUCAAGGAGAACACGUGUCAGCUGGCGGAGAGGCAAGUGGGGAAGAUCAUGCGCCUGAGGAACGCCGGGUGGGACCUCCGGCGACUAGACGCCACGGAGGUUAUCAGGGCGGCGAUGAAGAAGGAGUCAUGUGUGUCAGAUUCCGGCGAGAGUUGGGAGAGACAAGUGGUGGAACCAAGCGUGAAGAUUGUGAAGCGGUUUUUGGAGGAGUAGGUUUUCCAGCUAUUUCCAGCUCUCCAUUCUGUUUCUCUCUCUCUCUCUCUCUCUCCCUUUCUCUCUCUCCAGUUUGUUAAUCUUUCUCUCUCUAUAAUUUUAUGUUUUUUGGGAAUUUUUUGUUUUUGUUUUUAUUUAUUUUUCAUUUUUGUAAAAGUUUACGUGAUGGAUUGGAGGGAGGGUGAACGUUUGGGCUGAGCCUUGUCGUGCCAAGGGUUGAGCUGGGCUUAGCAAAAUGGCUACCAAUUUUGGUGACUCUGGUUGUGAAUUUCAGCUUUUUUGGAGGCCCUGCUAACUUACAAAUACACAAACGACAUGAAAAUUUUCCAGGCCCAAAGCAAUUUUUUUUUCUCUUCAUGUAUAUGUCAUAAAUCUUUUCCAUACGAAAUUUAUAUUUUAAGUUGUAUUUGUCAUUCGUGAGAUUCGAACACUACAUGUGUUGCUAUAGAAGGAUCGGGGAUGCUUUACCACUAAUUGUUCUAGGGUCACUCUGAAAGCAGAGGAAUGAAUACAUUUUUAAUGGAGUGUAGCCAAAUUGCUUUGAGUUGAGUGAGCUUAUAAAGCUUUGGCUUUCAUUAUGGAUCAAAGCCUCACUAAAAGAUUUCCAUUACUCAGUGACUUACUUAUAAUUCAAUUUUAAUCAUGUGAGGGUUUGUCUUUGAGAUUUCUGCUGGGAGCUUGGCUGCUUUCUUUCUCCCUUUCUUGUAUUUUGUCUGGUUUGUCUUGGUUGGUUCCUCACUAUCCUAGCUUGGAGCUAGUAUAUGAUUGCGUUUUCUUUUUGGUGCCACUCUAGUUGGGAUUGCUUAGUUAGCUAUGAUGCUCUCUGCUCUUACUUACUUUAUUGAUGCUUGC